AUGGCGCGACGGUAUGAGAUCGCCGAGCUGAUAUGGCUUCGAGAAUCUCCCCUUGUCGUCAAGCCCACCGGACUACCUCCGAUUGAAGAAUGGAUGUAUGUGACCGCUGCUCCCAAUUCCUCAGCUCGUCCCGCACCGUCCACAUCGAGACUGACCGUACUAUCCAGGCCACCAGACCAACCAACGCAGCGCAAGCAGCAAACCCCCCGUGACCCCCAAAACCCCAAUGAAACCGGCACAGGCCGCCGGCCCAGCUUCUUCGAAGCGAAACAUAUCUCCCGAGGAUCCAAUUCAGGUACGAGUCUUUCCCUUAUCGAACACUGGCGUCGUAAUCAUUUUCCCUUUGGACCACAUCACUCAUCCGAUGUAUUCGCAGAGGAUAUUGUACUUGGCCCUCCCAAGACUGCGUUCGCUUCAUCCCGAAUUGGUGGAAAAGGCUCCUUCGACUUGACCCCGGAACGACCAGUUCGGCAACUCGAAGUGGAUGAGAAGAAUGAAAAAUUCAACUUCCGAGAUCGGUUCUUCAAGGACCGCGAUGCCACAGAUAAAGAUUUUGCUGGACGAGAGGUCAAGCCGGCGCCACUGAAUGGCCGGCGCGGAGAGAGAGAAGACUGGAAUGCUGGGCGCCCGCGUCGCACAUUUGGUCCAGAAGAACAGGAACGCAAGCCGAGACGAAACGGCGAAUUCGACAGAUGGGAAAGCAAAGAAGGCCCUCGGGAUCUCAAUGCUGAACGAACCCCCCAGAAGGAUGGCAGAUUCCCCCCGCGCAAAGAUGGACAGACCCCACGAUCCAAAUACGAAGGAAGCUGGUUCCGCGAUGAGAACAACCCCAACAGUAACAGCAAUAACCACGAGGGCACCGAGCUCGACGAAGACAAACCACCUCUGCGCAACCGAGAAUGGCGCCAGAACCAAACCCGUCAUGGCACUGAGCGCGAGUGGAACCGCGGUGCUAAACUUGAAACAGAGCCUGAAUGGUUGGAUACCAAUGACAACGAGCCGCGACGAGCACAUACCCAGGAGGACUUUGAGCGCUGGAAGGAGCGUAUGAAGGCUGGAUCGGGAGGAGCUUCUCAAGGUCCUCCGCAGACAGAGGAGAAGAGAGAAGCGCAUGCUGAGCACAAGACAGAAACCCACCGUACUGAUGGUGAGAUUUUCAGUAAUUCAGGCACUCCUUCCAUGUCGGACAAUUCUAUGGAACGCUUCUUCGGUCUCUUGGGAGACGCCAAGCAACAGUACCAAGCUCCAGCUCCAGCUCAGGCCCCCGAGGUCAGCACUCCGAACUCUGCCGAGUCGAUGGCUAAGAAGGAUCCCUUCCCCUUCCCCGGAAAGCCUGGAAAGUCAUCUCGAUUCGCUGGCUUGUUCAGCCCUAUGCCCGAAAGUCCUGCCAGGGAGCCUGCAGCUGAGCUCUACUUCCCCCCUCAGCCAGCACAGAUACAGGCUCCCCCGCCGGCACCCGAGAGCAUGCCUCUCCCUUCUCACAGUGCCGACCAAGAAGGUUUCCAGCGCAUUUUGCAGAUGCUUGGAGGUCAACGUUCAGGAAACUCUACACCUCAGCAGGCACCUCAUUCUCAACCGAGACAUCCCUCGUUGCAGGCAGAGCAGCAACGAGCUGCCAUGGCUAUGUCACCUCCCUCCAGGGAUCCUCAUCACCAAAUGGACUUCAUGGGCUCUGGGCCAGAGAUUCCUCUAUCUCAGGCCGGUUCCAAGGAUCCCCAGUCAAUGGAGAGAGCACACUUGCUUCGCUUGAUGCAGCAGGUUCGAGUCGGCCCAUCGCCAGUCGGAAACCCAUCCCAGCAAACUCCUGGGGCUGGCAUUGCUCCUCCUCCGGGUCUGAUGCCUGAAGGCAUGCCACGACCACCCCCUGGUCUUCCUUCACAGAAGACCCCAAGCUUUCUCGAUGACCCGGCGAUUGCGAACAUGCAGCGCCCAGAUAGCGAGCAACUUCGCCGCCGACCUGCCAACGGCCCACCCAUGGGCUACUUUGAUGAUAUGCCCUUCCCCCAGGGUAAUCAAGGCCCUAUGACUCCUGGUGGCCCUAUUACCCCCGGUGGCUCACGGCCUCCGCAGGGUCCCCCCAUGGGUCUGCCACGACCCCCGGGGCUGGACCAUCUGCCUCCUCCUGGGUGGACUGGUCAGCCCGGUCCGCACCAGGGCAACGUACCAAGCCCCAUGGGUCCACCUCCCGGCAUUCCCACUCCUGGUCGUGGCAUGAACCCCAACUUCCCACCUGGCAUGCUCCCUAUGCCCGGUAACGCACCUCCGCUCAACGAGCGGCAAGCCUUCCCUCGUGGCCCACCUCCUGGCAUGAUGCCUCCUCCAGGAUACAUGAACGGUCCUCCCCCCGGCUUCCCUCCUAUGCCACCCAACCCAGAAGCCAUGAUGGGACUUGGGCCUGGAGGUCAGGGACCUUUCGGCCCAGGAAACUUAGGACCGCAAGGCCCCCCUUCGUCCCGACACCUGCUUGACAUGUUCGGCCAACCCAACGGUGGUGACCCCCGCGGCGGCAUGGUCGGCCCCGGCCCAUUCAGGUAG